GAAGGGGUGUGGGCUCGUGUCCUGACUCCGCCCCUGAGAGCUGAUAUAUACCCCCAAGCACCGAGCCGCAACCCCGUAGUCAAUAGAGGAACGAGCAGUGCCAGGAGUGUGUUUAUGGUGGGAUCGCAAUGACUUUCAGGCGCCUGAGGAAGCUGCAUCAUAAGGAGGAAUAUGCAUCUCCUCCGGACCGGGCGGUGUACAGAGACCGGGACAAGCUGGAUCCUUACAGCGCCCUCAGCAGCUACAAACAGGCCGAUAUGUACAAGGCUCUGGCGGUGUCCGGGGGAACCCUGCCCAGGACUAAGAAGGGCUCUUCAGCAGGCUGGAAGAACGUCGGCCAGUCAUCGGAGUACCAAAGGAAAAUACUUACCCUGCAAAAAGAAGACUCUGAGUCCUUUGGAUUUGAAAUUCAGACAUAUGGUCUGCACCACCAAGACAAGAACGCUGUGGAAAUGUUUACCUUUGUAUGCCGGGUACAGGAAGGAAGUCCCGCUCAGCUGUGCGGUCUCAAAGUUGGUGAUAUAAUUGCUGGAGUAAAUGGUCUCAACACGGAUGGAGUUAGGCACAGAGAUAUUGUAGAGCUGAUUAAGGCUUCUGGAAACACAAUAAGGCUGGAGACUGUUUAUGGAUCCGCAAUCAGAAAGGCUGAGCUGGAGGCUCGAAUACAAUAUUUAAAGCAAACCUUGUAUGAGAAGUGGGAAGAAUACCGUUCGCUCAUGGUGCAAGAGCAGAGACUGCUGCAUGGCAUAGUUGUGAAAGACCCGAGUGUGUACGACACCCUUGAAUCUGUGAGAUCUUAUAUCUAUGGGACAGUCAACAUGUGCAGCAAAGACCCUCUCAUUGGGUCAUUGGCUGCUGGAAGUAUGUGUAGCAGUGCAAGUUGCCUUAGCACCACCGAGGACAAUGAGGAUGCCAUAUAUCACACUUGCUACUUCAGCUCAGCCUCCACAGAUGAAUUAAACAGCCUUCCAGGCAAAAGUAACAGCAAUGGCAAGCCUUAUAAGUCUACGCUGACGCGCAGCUCCAGUGUAAAGUGUCCGGGCCCCGUUACAAAUUGGGACAAACCAAAGGAGCAGAGUAACUUUGUGUCUCUGCCCAGGAAAAAACACAAAAGUUUUCGAACAAGACUCUUGAAAUUCAUUCCUGGACUUAACCGAAAUUUAGAAGAGGAGGCCAGCCCUCUUUAAUACACCCCCUUUCUUUGUAUAAGAAGUUAAAUUAUUUAUUUAUUGUCCUAUUUCUGGAGAAAAGUGAGAGCUUUGUGUUGACUUUUCUGUUAGACUUAACUGUACAACUUUAUAGCUUCGGCAUUUGUUUUUCAUUAAAAUGUUUGGCAAAGCAAGAGCUGCCAAACUCCAGGUUUUUCUAUGAAAAAUGCUGUUUAUUCCAUUGAUUUUCAGUGUUCAAAAGGAUGUUGGAGCCAUAUUCCUGCCAGCAGAAAGCCCCUUUACAUUGUAAAAGGUUUCACUGCAAGUCACUGCAGUGCAUAAGGGCAAAAGCUAUGGCAUGAAUCAUUUUUAUGUAAAGCUUUUUGUACUGACUCUCAGGCUAAAUGUAACUCAGGAGAAAAAUCAACAAAAAUUGAGUGCAGCAAUGUCAUGUAUGCAGAAGAAAUAAUGGAAGAAUACCCCUUGUCCGUUCCCAAAAUACUAAGCUAUCCUAUUUCUAGAUUAACUCCAGGCCUCUGGCAUUUGGUUCAUAUUCAGAAAAGGACUUCAGAGGGGGUCAAAAAGCUCAAUAGCUGGUGACCCCACUUGUAAUUAAGCAGAGUUGAACAGUCCUGCACUAGGAAGAUCUACAUGUUAGAAUGUUGAGAGCUGGUUUUAGGGUGAGGUGAAAAGCCCCUUUGAGGAGAAGUCUGGAUAAAAGUGCUGGUGCACUUACCAGUUCCAAUACUGUUAUAGAGGGGGUAAUUGUGACACAAAUUUGCUCAUAUUUGAUGAAAUCAAAGUUGCUAAGUGUGGUAGCCAGGUUUACUCCUGCACACCUUAUUUAUCCUAAUAGCCAGGUAGUUUUUAUUUUUUCUACCAAAAAGUGGCAACAGCCUAUGCAGUGUUAACCUGACCAAAAAACCAUUGUCUGCUUUAGAUAUCCAUGCAUUUGAUUAUUUCUCCACAACAAGCUCAAAAGAAUAAUAAAAAAUAAAUCGGAGUGAGGUUGCCCAGCCAGUGGGUCUUUCAGCAGCUGAUGGAGUCCCACUUGCAGCUUGAUUGGGAGUUGUAGCUCAGCAGCUGUCAGGAACACCAGCUCCACAGCAGUUCCAGGCUUAUUUGCAGCUUGUUUCCCAGCUAGUCGUGCACACAUGGUGUUCUUACCCUUUUCAUAUGUCCACUGAUGUGAUUGGCGCUACCAUACACUGUUUCACUAAAAUGCCUUAAGAUCUAUAAAAUAUACUGUGUGUGCCAUCAGGGACGGAGCUAAAGCAUUUGCUGUCAGUAAAAAAAAUGAUUUCCUCCUCUUGUGGGGCUUAUUAACCAUGGAUUGGACUUGUUAUAAAUCAGCUUUAUGAUUCCAGUUUUACCGCGGAGUCUAGUAUAUGUAUUUGUUUCAGGGAUACUUGAUCCUUUCAAUACUGAGACUUGCUACACGCUUGCACCUCAUUUCGUUCAUUUCUUUUGUAAAGCUGACAGUGAAGAGGUUAAGGCCACCCAAUGAAACUUUCCAUCAUUCCUUGAUAGCAAGCUGUGGGCUGCCAGCGUGGGAGGAAUGUCUGUCCUUGCAUGUGUACAUGUAGCUAUUACAAAUCUCCUUUGACACAGUACAAUAUGGCAGUCAGUCAGCAGCAUCACAAGCAGCAUGUGCAGGACAAAUGUUACUGUACAGAAAGGCCCCACAGCAUCUCCAACCACAAGAAUCACAUUCCAACAUCCAAAGAAAAUCUACAGCUGGGACAAACUAUGCACAGAAGUGAGGGGAGAGCAGGAGGCAUGCACAAACAAGGCAGAUUUAGUUCUCUUAGAGCGACACUUCACAAUCUGUGGGGCAGGCCCCCUAAUAAUAAUGUUAUAAAGAGAAGUCAGUGGAGCUCAUUGACAGGCUGAAGGCUGUAAAUAUAUUCUGGAGGCCUGUGUCUGGCCCUGGAGCUUCAUACUAGACAGCCCUGACUUCAUCUGUAUGUUUAAUGUAUCUUUACUAAAACCGAAUGAAAGACGCAUACUAAACUAAAAUGUUUUCUCUGUAUAUGCUGGUGUCCAUUUCCCAUAUGCUUGAGCUGUGCCUCCCAAAACUUGUGUGAUUUUACAUUGUUACAGACCUGUACAUCUGACAAUAAAAAUGUUGUGUUGUCA